GAUUACAUUUGAAACAAAAAAAUAAAGUUGGAAUUAUAGGCUGAAUUAGCGGUGUUCGAGGUUGUCCUGGACCCCAUCCUUUCGUUGUUGUGGGUAACUAGCUGUCAUCUCCAACUCCUCUACAGUCUGUUUCCUACCCCUUCACCCUCUACUCCCACCCCCGCACCCCACGUAGCCACCUCAUUUUCUAUACAUAUAUACCCUCACCACUUCCUCCAUUUUCACCAUCACCAACCAUUACAAAAACCCAUUCUUUAAGCCCUUUUUUGAUCGGAAAAAUCAAGAAAAUGGCUGAAGAAACCAAGAAAAUAGCUGAAGAAACCACCCCUGAAGUUGUUGUUUCUGAGACACCUAAACCCGAGCCUGAAAAUGUACAGGAUACACCUGAGAAAGUUGCUGAUGUUCCAGUUAUCGGAGAAUCUAAGGUGGAGGAUGAAAAGGAGAAGGGGGAUCUUGUUGGUGAAUCCAAUUCAUUUAAGGAAGAAAGUAACAAGGUUGAUGAACUCCCUAAUCCUGAACAAAAAGCAUUGGCUGAAUUCAAAGAGUUAAUUCAACAAGCACUUAACAAACACGAAUUCACUUCCCCUCCUCCUCCACCUCCAGCAAAGGAGCAGGUUUCUGCCGCCGCCCCCACUGAGGCCCCCGAGGCAGAGCCAGUUACAAAGCCGGCAACAGAGUCAGUACCAGUGGAAGAAUCAGGGCCAGUAACAGAGAAAACAGAGGAGAAACUGAUUCCAUCGGAAAAGGAAGAAAAUCCGGCUCCGGCAGAGUCUGCGCCAUCUCCUCCAUCAGAGGAGAAGGUGGAAGAGAAGGUGGAGGCAGUAGAAGAAAUAAAAGAAACCAUCGUUGAAGUACCGGCGGUGGUUGCUGUGGAGGAGCCACCGGCAAAGGAGAGAGAGGAACCAAAAACAGAAGAAAAUCCACCACCACCACCACCACCAGAAGAGGUAUCCAUAUGGGGAAUACCACUACUAGCAGAUGAGAGAAGUGAUGUAAUACUUCUCAAGUUUCUAAGAGCAAGAGAUUUCAAGGUGAAAGAAGCAUUCACCAUGCUAAAAAAUGUCAUUGCAUGGAGAAAAGAAUUCAAGAUUGAUGAACUCUUAGAUGAGAAAGAAUUAGGACAAGGACUUGAAAAAAAAGUUGUCUACAAUCACGGUGUAGACAAAGAAGGUCAUCCAGUGUGUUACAACGCAUUUGGUGAAUUCCAAGACAAGGAAUUGUACCACAACACUUUUGCUGACAAGGAGAAACUCACCAAGUUCCUCAGAUGGAGAAUUCAGUUCAUGGAGAAAUCUAUCAGGAAUCUUGAUUUUAGCCCUGAUGGUAUUUGCACUUUUGUUCAGGUUAUUGAUCUGAAAAAUUCUCCCGGAUUGUUCUUUUUCAAGAAAGAGCUUCGACAGGCUACCAACCGUGCUCUUGUGUUACUUCAGGAUAACUACCCUGAAUUUGUUGCCAAGCAGGUGUUUAUCAAUGUUCCAUGGUGGUACCCAGCAUACUACAGGAUGAUAAAUGCAACUUUCACUACAAGGACCAAGAGCAAGUUUGUUUUUGCUGGUCCUUCAAGAUCUGCUGAGACUCUUUUCAAAUACAUAGCUCCAGAACAAGUGCCAGCACAAUAUGGUGGACUUAGCAAAGAGGGUGAACAGGAAUUCACCAAUGCUGAACCAGCCACAGAGGAAAUCAUUAAGCCAGCUUCUAAACACACCAUUGAAUUCCCGGUUACUGAGAAAUGCACAUUGGUGUGGGAAGCAAGAGUGACAGGUUGGGAAGUGUCAUAUGGAGCAGAAUUUGUACCAAGUGCUGAAGGUGGAUACACAAUUCUUAUAGAGAAAUCAAGAAAAGUUGGUGCAAAUGAAUCAGUGAUCAGCACUAGCUACAAAGCAAGUGAACCAGGCAAAGUGGUCAUCGCAUUUGACAACCAAACUUCUAAAAAGAAGAAACUUGUUUACAGGUCCAAGAACAAGCUCUCAGAUUGCUAAGACUUGUUUGGUUCUAUGGUUCAUAUUAACUACUAUUAUUUUGAGUUAUUGGGGAUAUUUAUUUAAUAUUUUGUUGGGGUUAUUUUUGAAUUUUUUUGUUGUUGGAUUGUUUUUUAAAUUAAAUGGUCAGAAAUGGGGUUGAAACGUGGACAGGACCUUUGUUGUGAGUACAAGUUUUUGAUACAUUUUCUUGCUGAAAAAUUUCGUGUAAAUCUAAUGCUGCUGUCACUUUCAUUUAUUUUUUUUGGUGAUGUGAAGGUUAACGUUAAUAAAUGCUUCUUUUGUUUCCGA